CAGUGAACUUAUGCGGCCUCAGCCAACACCACUUUUUAUACAUGGACAGCCACAGACCGUCAACAGUGAACUUAUGCGGCCUCAGCCAACACCACUUUUUAUACACGGACAGCCACAGACCGUCAACAGUGAACUUAUGCAACCUUAGCCAACACCUUUUUUUACAUAUUCUUUUUUUUUUAAGAUCAGACUAAAGUUAUGCAAACUUCCUUGAACAGACCAUAUCUGAAAAGAAAGUCAAGAUGGUUCUGCUAUUAUUGUCAAUCUUCCUCCUGAUCUCAGCUUGGUGUGAAGCAGUAUUAAGGGCCGGCAUCCUGGGAGGAGUAAAGAACAUCUACUGUCCGUACCAGCCACAGUUCAGCAUGGUGCCCAAGCACCUCUGCCAUAAGCGAACUGACACCAACUCUUACAUCAUCGCUUCCACUGACAGAGUAGCCAAUCCUCAGGGCAGAUUUUUCAUAUAUGAUGACCAACAACGCAGAGUUGUCACGGUUACCAUCACUCAGGUGUCUGACAGUGACACCAGGGAGUACUGGUGUGGAGUUUUCGACUCGACUGGGAUAUUUGUCUUCUUUGAAAAAGUGGACUUUUGGGCCAUGCCACUGACUGGACACACGGGAGGUGAGGCGGUGAUCCGAUUCUUGUACGGCCCGGGAUAUGAGCAAAAGACAAAGUACCUCUCCAGACCAGGCACAAAAACCUCCCUCCUCAUUCACACACAACGCGGCCAUACUAGAGCUGACAACGACAAGUUCUCCCUCUACGACAACACCAUGGCGAGGACACUCACCGCGACCAUCAGAGGGCUGCAAGCAGAGGAUUCUGGGAAAUAUGUAUUUGGAAUGGAGAAUGCUGGAUGCUAUGUUGAAUGGCCACUGGCAGUUAAAGGCUUGACUGUGGUGAGCUACUAUGAGGGGCGUUCCGUGGAUAUAUCCUGCAAGUAUCCGAGAACGAGUAAGAAGAGGAGUAAACACUUCUGCCGAGGAAAAGAUCCAGUAGAGUGUUUGGAGCAAGGGCUGUCGGGAGAUGGCAGACUCACUUUAAAGGACCUUGUUGCUGACCAAGUCUUCAUAGUAACCAUCUCUGACCUCACAGCAGAGGAUGCUGGGAUAUACUGGUGUGUGGAGUUUACUGACAGAGGACCUGAGUUUACGUCAGCCAUUCAGUUAACUGUCAAAAAAUUUUCCCCCCAAACAGAUUCAGGUACAGAUUCCCCACAAACAGAUUCCCCACAAACACCCAGCGGCUCAGACACCAACUCGGCCAUCUGGGUGCUGGUCCCUGUCGUGGUGCUGCUGCUGUUGGGCAUAGGCCUCCUGGUGGUGGUCAAAUACAAGAAGAAGAAAUCAGAACAACCUCCUAACUUGCCAGGCAAUCAAAUGUCCACAGAUACAGCAAGGACUAGGAAUGAGACUGUUGAUUAUGAGAACGAUGUUGUACACGCCUGUCGUAAGACUCGGGCAAACCCCCCAACACCUCCAAAUUCUGAUCCCGAGUACCAGAACUCUGACACAUCAGCCGUUCCGCUCUACCUGGCAGUGAUUCCAACAUCCACCGAGAGCGCUCCCACCAAUCAAACUCUGGACAACAAAACAGGCCGCCAAUCUGUAGCUACUUCUCAGACACUGAAUGUGAAUCCUUGCCAGAAAGUAUUUGUUUGCCACACUCCUCAUCUCAGCACCAGUCUAAAUAUACCAACAUACCAGCAACUGAAUCCAAACACGAACCAAGGGGAUUCAGGUUAUAUGUCGCUUUGAAUCCUAUAAAUUGCUCUGAACAGGCCUACUAACUAGCAUUAGAACAGCAUCUAUCCAAGAUAUGCAACGUUUUUACAUUUACUUAUCUGUCUGUUGAAUCCUGUGUUGUAUAUCAAGUGUGUGACAAACCUGAGGUAUGAAAUGAGAUGUGAAAUCAUAGUAAAUGGCACACCUUCGAUAAUAAAAGCCCUUUGACUUUCUUUGGCUAGGUGAAUGAAGCCAUUCAUUUUUUAUUGUACAUUAGUUUGUGUUUGAUUGUUUACCACACGUUAAGAAUCAACAUUUUGUCCACCACUUGACAUUUUAUAUACAGUAUAUUAAGUAAGUAUUUUCCA